AUGCAGUACACGAGUCUCAUUACGUUUGUUCUCUCUCUGCUGCUGCAUUAUGUGUUUGCAACGCCUGUGCCCACCCCGGUCGAGCUUGUCAAGCGUGCGGCUCGAACGUCCACACCGUCCGGCUGUUUGACGGUCCGUGGCUCGAACACGCAGUCAGGCGAAUAUGCGACAUUCGGAGCGGCGCUGUCGAAACUAGGCACGUCGAGCACGGCUGCAGCCUGUAUAUUCGUCUACUCGGGGACGUACAAGGAGCAGAUCGUCGUCCAGUACAAAGGAGCGCUGACAAUCUAUGGAUACACCACAAACACUGGCACAUAUAAAUCCAACACCGUAAUCCUGACAUACACACAAACGUCCACAGCCGCCGGCUCCCUCGACGCCUCGGCCACCGCGAACAUCAAAUCGGCAAACUUCCGCGCCUACAACAUCAAUUUCGUAAACGGUUAUGGCGCCGGCACACAAGCAGUCGCAGUCACGGCAAACGGCAACAAGCAAGGCUUCUAUGGCUGCUCGUUCAAGGGAUACCAAGACACGCUCUACGCGAAGAGCGGAUUCCAGUACUACUCGAAUUGCUACAUCGAGGGGGCCGUCGACUAUAUCUUCGGUGACGCUGCGGCAUGGUUCGGCGAGUGCACUAUCAGAAGUAACGGCGGAGGGUACAUCACUGCAAAUUCGCGUGAAGUGGCGAGUGACACGACGUGGUAUGUGUUUGAUCACAGCACGGUCGCCGGGGUGGAUGGGCAGUCGCUCGCUGGUAAGGUGUAUCUUGGCAGGCCGUGGAGGGUUUUAGCAAGGGUGAUCUAUCAGUAUAAUUCGCUGUCGAAUAUCAUCAAUGCUGCCGGAUGGACGACUAUGGCGGAGGGCGCGACGCCUGUUUACAUGGAGUAUCAGAACACGGGUGAUGGUAGCAAUACAAGUGCGAGGAAGUACUUGACUGCAUCUAAAGCUAGUGUGACGAAAGGCCAGCUUUGGGGUGGGGAUACCAGCUGGAUUGACACCUCGUACUGA